UAGAUCCAAACAUCGUAACGAUCCAGCAGUGAUGAAUAAGCUACGUGAGAAAUUGAAGUCGAAAGCUACAGUUAAACAUGCACCCAAAGAAAUAGACAACAAGAUUGAAGGGGUUACAACACGCCCUAAUCUCCCAAAGGGAAUGAAAUACGUCAUCAAGAAGAUCCCGUCCCACCCAUUGAGAUUCGGAACGGCAUAUAGGGCUAAUUUUCUUGAUGAUUUUGAAUCAUCAAUAGGUGAAGAAGGUAUAAAGUUAUUUAGGCAAUCCAUAUUUGGUCACUACUUAGAUAUGCCAAACUGCAUUUUUCAAGGGCAAAUCAUCAAAUGCCUCUUACUUCUUGAGGUAGACCAAAAAAACAAAGAAGAAUUGCACAUUCGUCAUGUGCAGGGUAAUAUACUACGAUUUACAAUAAAUGAUUUUGCUAUCAUUACUGGUUUGUGAUGUACCGGUAAUAUCAAUGACUUUCGGUAUUCUG